AUGUCCGUCACAAUCGAUUCUAUAAAAAUUUAUAUCAAUCAAUUUAUUCAAAAUUUUGAUUAUGUUGAUGCAAUCUUUCUUGCUGAACGUCUUUAUGCAGAAGUAAAAAAUGAUGAAUCAACUUAUUUAUUAGCUCGAACUUAUUAUUUGAGUGGUGAUAUUAAUAAAUCUUAUUGGUUAUUACGUAAUUCAUCAAUUGAACAUGUACCUAAUGCAAAACUUCUAUUAGCAAAAUGUUGUUUUGAUAUUGAGAAACUUCAUGAAGCUGAAUCAGUACUUAUUGGGAAUUCUUCUUCGAUAACUACACUUGCAUUAGAUGAUUUUAUUAAUGAUCAUGGUGAUCAAGCAGCAUUUGCAUUACAGUUAUUAGCUAAAGUUUGCGAAAAAUCAGAUCGUCAUCAAAAAGCAAGUGAAUGCUAUCGAAAAUCUUUAAAAAUUAAUCCAUUUCUAUGGUCAUCUUUCGAAGCUCUAUGUCGACUUGGCGAACGUGUUGAUACAAGUAUAUUUUGUUCAUCUGCAAUUAAAACUAAUCGAUUAAUAACUGAACCACAAAUUAAUAAUACAUCCUAUACAGAAUCAAUAAAAGAUAUUCAAUCAGAAAAUCAAGUUAUUGAAAAUUCAAUAAAUACAAAUACAAAUCUUCCUAUAAAAGAACGAUCACAACAACGUUUAUCACAAACUCCAGCAACUGUCAUGAAACUAACAGAUUCUAUUCUCAAUGUUGGUUCAACAAAUAUUUCUGGGAUUAUAACAUCAACACCCAUCGGUUUACUAUCAGAACAAUUACAAGAUAAUGAUAAAUAUACUCCACCAACUAUAAAACCACCUGAUUAUAUACCCACAAUACGAAAUCCACCAUUAGCACCUAAACGACAAAAUACACGAAUGUUGCAUCAGUAUGGUUUUGAUGAUACAAGUACAUCAGCAUCAACAGCAACAAUUUUACAUAAACAUGACAUUGCAUCAACAUCUAUUAGUGAGACAAGAAAAACAGCAAGCACAAGAAAAGAAAAUAAAUCAAUUCGUGCACCGACAAAACGUAAUACACGUAUUACAAAACCACGCCCACCAUGUACAGAUGUAAGUAUAACGCCGGUAUCAUCGUCAGAAUCUCCAAACAAAAUGACAACACGAUCACAAGUUCGAUCAAAUAAUACAAGUUUAAAUUGUUCAAUGGAUACAGAAAUAAUAAAUAAACGUGAGCGACAAAGAAAAAGUCAAUCAAAUCAGCGAACACCUGAAAUUGUUGAAAAUAUAAUCAAUGUAUUUAAAUUACUUGGUCAAGGUCUUCAACAUUUAUCUCAAUUUGAAUGUCGACAAGCUAUUGAAUUAUUUGAAUCCAUUUCAUUAAAACAUCUCGACACACCAUGGGUGUUAUUACGUUUAGCUAAUUGUUAUUAUCAUUUACAUGAUUAUCAAAAAUCAUCACUUAUUUAUCGAGAUUUACGAACGAAAUUUCCAUAUCAUAUCGAUGGUUUAGAAUAUUAUAGUACUGUUCUAUGGCAUUUAAAAGAUGAUAUUGCAUUAGCAACAUUAGCACAUGAACUAACUGAAACUGAUAGAAAACAUCCAGCUAGUUGGUGUGCGUCGGGAAAUUGUCUUAGUUUAAAUCAUGAAUAUGAUAAAGCUAUUCAAGCAUUUAAACGUGCAAUUCAAUUGGCACCUGAAUGUGAUUAUGCAUAUACAUUGCUAGGCAAUGAAUAUUCAUUGAUUGAUGAACUUGAACGAGCUAUGGCAUGUUUUCGUAAAGCUAUUCAAUUAAAUCCACGAAGUUAUAAAGCUUGGAAUGGAGUAGCAAUGGUUUAUUUAAAACAAGAAAAAUUUCAAUCAGCUGAAUUUCAUUUUACCAAAGCAACAAGUAUAUAUCGUACAAAUCCUGAUCUUAUUUGUCAUUUAGCAGUGGCUCAACAUAAAUGUAAUCAAUCUGAAGGUGCAUUAACGUUACUUAAUGAUGCACUUAAAAUUGAUUCAAAAAAUGCUCUAUGUAAAUUUCAUAAAGCUGGUCUUUUAUUACAUCUUGAACGAUAUCAUGAAGCAUUGACAGAACUUGAAGAAUUACGACAAAUUGCACCUAAAGAAUCACUCGUAUAUUAUUUACUUAGUAAAGUACAUCGACAUUUAAAAAAUUUUCAUUAUUCAUAUAUGUAUAUGUCUUGGAGUAUGGAUCUUGAUCCAAAAGGUGCAAAUAAUCAAUUGAAAGAAAAUGCGGAUAAACUUUAUUCUAAAGACGAAGAUCUUCUACUUGGUAUGGAAGAUAUUGCAUCAUCUGUAACGGAAGAUGAUAAUAGUCAAAUGCAAUCUCAAAGUUCUCUUCAAGAUAUACAACCAAUGGAUUCAAAAUUUAUCUCAUAUUUAGUUCUAAGUUGUAGUGAAAGUGUAACUGUUCAAUUUAAAUUACGACAAUUACCAAGAUUUUAUACACCAUUGAAUGAUAAAAUAUAUUUGGCUAGUUCAUUUAAUCAAUGGAGACCAAAUGAUCCACAAUUUGAAUUUAAUAGUGUAACAAAAUCAUUAAUAGUUGAUUUUCAAAAUCUGACAAAUAUUGAAUUUAAAAUAACACGUGGAAGUUGGGCGACAGGAGAAACUUGGGCAGAUGGAACAGCAAGAGCGAAUAGAAAAUUAUCAUUGUCAAACAAUCCACAAUCAAUCGAUUUAUCAGUUGAACAAUGGGCUGAUAAAUCCAAUGGUAAUCCUACAGCUACGAAUCAAGUAUAUAUCUUAGAUGCGAAUUUUUCUAUGUGGAAUUAUCUUCCUCGUACACGUCGUAUUUGGAUUUAUCUUCCUCGAAGUUAUUCAACUGAUCUCAGUCGACGUUAUCCAGUUAUCUAUGCACAUGAUGCUCAAAAUUUAUUCGAUGCUAGUACAUCAUUUUCCGGUGAAUGGGGUAUAGAUGAAACUCUUGACAAUUUUUCCCAAGAAUUAAUCGUUGUUGGUAUCGAUAAUGGUGGUGCGGAACGUAUCAAUGAAUUAACACCAUUUGCUAAUUCAAAUUAUGGUGGUGGUCAAGCAAAUUCUUAUUUAGAUUUUAUCGUAGACAAACUUCGACCAUAUAUCAAUACACAUUUUCGUACGAAACCUGAACGUGAAAAUACAGCUAUUUUAGGUAGUUCACUUGGUGGUCUUUGUAGUUUUUAUGCAGCUAUUCGACAUGAAAGUAUCUUUGGAUUAAUUGGAGUAUUUAGUCCAUCAUUUUGGUUUACAAAUGAUAUUUAUAAUUAUGCUGGAAAACAUACUUUUCAAAGUUCACCACCAAGACUUUAUUUUGUUGGUGGUCAACCAGAAAGCGCAACAAUGAUUAGUGAUAUGCAACGUAUGAUUAAUUUAUUAAAAAAUACAACAAGAGAAUAUAGAGAAAAUCAAAGUAAUUUAAAACUUAUUGUUGCUGCAGAUGGUCAACAUUCAGAAUGGUUUUGGAGACGAGAAUUUCCAAAUGCAAUUAAUUGGUUAUUUCCAAAAAACUAA